AUGAGUGGUAAACCGACUUUUUAUUCUGAAAACAUAACAAAACAACUACUCAGUAGAGUGUUUGCAAAAAUGAAAAAUGGUGAUGUGGUUGGUUUAAGGACAAAACUACCAACGAAGAAACAACUGUCCUUGGAUAACACUCUGAUGAUAGUACAAAAUAAACUACCCAAAGAGACCGUUUCAGUGAUAUUUCAAAGUUACAAUCCAUAUUUGACUAAAGACGAUUUUUUAAAACCUCUAAAAACAUAUGCAUUUAACCAAGAAGGCUUAAAAACAAAUAAUAACCAUGAUAACCAACAUAUUUUAGACAUUUUUAAAAUUAGAAAUCCAAGAUAUUUCCAUUUCACCAAUCAAUAUGUUGUCCUAUUUAAAAAUAUUGAAUAUUGUAAAAAAUAUUUCAAGGAUAUUUCAAUUGCCCCCUCAAUAGAUGGUUCAUUUUUAAAAAAGAAUGCCUCAAACAUCAACAAUAAUAAGAACAAUAAUAGAACUGUCCCACAAAUCGAUGAUUUGUCUGGUUUCCUAACAACAUACAACAAAUAUGUAGAAACUUUAUCUGCCGCUUAUGAAUCACCAGAUGUCUUUUAUGAGAAAAUACGCCAGUUAGGCUCGAAGGAGAAACAACGACAAGUAACUAUAAAAACAAGCUUGGUUAGUAGUGGUAAUGGUAAUAGUACCCUUAACUCAGGUAUUACCAAUAAUGACAACGCUGUGACAUUGCCAGAUUUUAAAGCUUUAAAAGAAAUCGAAAGCAAAUGUUGUUUAAUGAAAUCAAAACUUCCUUCGAAAUUAAUUAAUGUACCAAACUUACCCACAAUUUUUUGGCAAUAUGAUUUAAAACAUGCCUUUCCUAUAAAGGAUGUCUCAUUGAAGAAUAUUCGUCUCAAAAAUGGUGGUGACUCUGAGCACAGUCCUUUCCUCAAUGAUGAGGAAAACAUCUUUUUUAUAGCUUUCAACAACCCAGAAGAUGUAACGAGAUUUCAAAGUAAUUGUCAUGGCAUGAAAUUCGGCAAACACAAGUUAUUGGUUGAAAAUUUAAAUUUCUAA